AUGGAUGGAAAUAUGCCCAUUCCAAAUCAAGAACAUAUUACCCCGGAGCGCGAGCGUCACUCCCAACGUGAAUGCGAUAGAGUCAAUCGACUCCAGAUGACGUCCCCUACCAGGCGCAAUCGUCGACAUGCUGCUCAUGAUAGGCCUGCGCCUCAUGUACCACAGCCAAAUUUCAUGCCAGCUAAUGAACCUCAAGCAGGGCCUGUUCCGCGACCUUUUGCAUGGCAGCCUCCUGCUCACUUUCCAUAUGAACUGCUACCAGUUGGUCAAUAUCCUGGCUUGCCAAGGAAUGCAAUUGCACAUGUGCAACGUGCUCAUCAGCACCCUCCUGUUGAUUAUAAUGCACAUUUGAAUGAGCAGAUGAAUGCAGCUCAUAAUGAUAGACGCCGUCAACGGAAUCGUCGUCGGCAACAGGACAGAGAGGAGAUAAGAGAGCAGGCACAGGCAGAGUUAAUGGCAGCUGGGUUACAGUCCAUGCAGGUACCUCAGGUGCAUAAUGAACCCGCUCAACCUGCUCCUGCUCCUCCUGUAUAUGGUGCCAUUCAUUAUGAGGGCGCAGUUGGUCCUCACAACUUUGACAAUCCUCUUCAUUACUUUGUGCCUAAUCCUGCACCACCUUUGGAUGGACUGCCUGAACCUGAUUAUCAUCAGUUUAAUAUUCAAUUUCAGCAGCAUCUACAGGCAAGCACAGGAGGAAUUUCGACGACAUCAAAUUCAGCUACAAUUGCGACAACAAGAAGCUGA